CAAGGGGUUUCCCAACCCACUACAGGACCUUGCUAUACUCUUUUUGACUUGGGUUGCAGCUCAAUUUGGGGUGAAAACCUCAAAUUUGGGUUUCCACCCCCUUGCAUUGCUGAUAGCCUAAAAAAGCUAUGUUGUCCGAAGGCAGUUGAAAACAGAGACGGAAUUUUCAACAUCACCUUCUGCCCGCAACCCUAAACCCUGAGAGUUAAAGUUAGAGUCUUUCCGCGCCCUUGUACAGGUCAGAUUCUCACUUUCUCUUGGCGUUUGGAGUUAAUGCCUAAGGUCCAGAAUGAACUCUUAUUAGUAAUGGAGAUCUUAAGAUUCACCGUUUAAGAACUUUACACCAUGCAUUCACUUCAUUACACACUCUGAUAUGCAUCGGAGUCUUGGUAAGCAUCGUCUUAUCUGUCGUGCUCGCAUUUCCAACUAUGUGAAAACUGGGCUUGUAGAUGAAGCAAUACAGGUGUUCGAUAAAAUGACUACUUCAGACUGCAGGGUUUUCAGCAUUGAUUACAACAGAUUUAUUGGCGUCCUGAUUAAGAAUUUUCGGUUUGACUUGGCAGAGCAGUAUUACCAUGAGAUGAAGCCAAAUGGUUUCUCCUUGAACCCUCAUACAUAUUCAAGAUUUAUUUCCGGCUUGUGUAAAGUUAAGAAUUUUGAGCUUAUUCAUAAACUUUUAGAUGAUAUGGAUAGGCUUGGGGUAGUCCCAUAUAUUUGGGCGUGUAAUAUAUAUUUAAAUCUUUUGUGUAAUGAAAACUUUGUCCAGUUAGCUCUGGAGAUGUUGAGAGUCAUGGGAGAGAAAGGUAGAGAACCUGAUGUAGUCAGCUAUACUGUAGUUAUUAAUGGACUGUUUAAGAUUAGAAGGUUUGACAAUGCAAUUGAAAUAUGGGAUAUGAUGAUACGGAAAGGUCAUACACCUGACUACAAGGCUUGUAGAGCUGUCGUAUUGGGUCUGUGUGAGUAUGGGAAGGUUGAUACAGCAUACGAACUAACAUUAGGUGUAAUGAGAAGUCGAAUUAAGUUUGACAUUAAAAUAUACAAUAAACUCAUUGAUGGGUUCUGCCGAAUUGGAAGGAUUGAUAAAGCUCAAACGAUUAAGUCAUUCAUGAGAAGAAAUGGGUGUGAUCCUGAUCUGUCCACUUACAAUGUUUUCUUGAAUUAUAGUUGUAAUGAGCUUAUGUUGGGGGAAGCAGAGAGAUUGAUAGAGAAGAUGGAAGUUUGUGGUAUGAUACCCGAUCACUACAGCUAUAACCAGUUACUUAAGGGUCUAUGUAGGGCAAAUAAAGUGGAUAAGGCAUACACGCUGAUGAUAACUAAGAUGGGACCUAAAUGUUUGCUUGAUGUUGUCUCAUAUAACACAAUAAUUAGAGCGCUUUGCCAAACGGGCCACUCCAUGAGGGCGUACAAGCUAUUAGAUGAGAUGAGGGAAAGGGAAAUAUGUCCAGAUGUAGUAACUUUUACGAUUUUGAUAAAAUCGUUCUUAGGAGAAGGAAACUCUGAUGUAGCUGAGAUGAUUCUUGACCAGAUGACACAAAUGAAUCUUUUUCCAGAUUGUGUGUUAUAUACCACUAUUAUCCACCAUCUUUGUAAGACUGGAAGGAUAGGGACAGCACAGAGCACUUUCCAUGACAUGUUAGAGCAGGGAGUGAGCCCUGAUGUUGUUUCCUACAAUGCAUUGGUUUACGGGCUUUGCAGAGCUUCUAAAGUUAGUGAAGCUAUGAAUCUUUAUGAAGACAUGCAAAAGAGGGGUUUAUGUCCAGAUGAGGUGACAUUCAAGUUAAUUAUUCAAGGAUUAAUUAAUGAAAAGAAACUUUCUUGGGCUUGUGCAAUAUGGGAUCAGAUGAUGGAGAAGGGAUUUACUCUCGAUAGUGAUUUGUCUGAAAAGCUAAUUAAUUCCAUGAAUAUAAAAGGCUUUUCUUCCAAGGAUGACAGGUGACCCGCAGGCUAAGAGUCUAUUUAGCAAGGGUUAUUUGGCUGAUAUAAAAGCUAAUUAAUUGAUUGAACCUGAAAGUUGUGUUCAAGUAUGUCAGGUGACCAGCAGUCUAAGUUCCUGUUAUUUAGGUUAUUUGGCUGAUAUAGAAGGAUCUGCUGAUUUUUUUAAAAUGAAAAGUGCUUGAUAAAAUGCAGUUCAACCAAAUAAGUCAAAAGCUACUUGUUCUGUCAUUCUAAGUUGAUAAGCUGAUGAAGUGGGCACUAAAUCGGUUGAAGUGUAUUCCGAGCCUUUCUUUCAUUACAAGUUUCUCAUAAUGGAGAGCCAAAUUGAUGGCAAGUGGUAGAAUCACUUCUUUAUGUGAUGCAGAAAUGAACUCAUUUCUUGAAUUUCUUGAAGGGGUCCUUUAUCCUUAUGCAAAUAAGGAAACUAUGGAAUAAUUCCCCUCUUGCCACACAGGGAGGAGUUGCUGGUGAUGGAGAGUGGCAUUUGUGGCGCUUCUGUAAUUGCUAUUGGAUAUGGCUUCUGUAAAGUGUAAACUAGGGCUCUAGAAAAACAGUCUUAUUCUUGGGAGAAUGGAGAAUAUGGAUGUUUCUGACGAAUAUGAAGAUCAAAAUUUCAUGCGAAUCUACAAUGUAGAAGAAUCUGUUUGUUCAGAGUUGGCCUGUACAGAUCCCCACACAAUAUUGGUGCGGAGCAGUUGGUUUACGGCUGCUUAGUCCAUUCUUCUCAGACCUCCCAGUUGUAAUCUGUAGUUAUUCACAAAGUGGAAUUUCAAUAUCAAAAGAUUGUGAUGAUUAUUAAGCACUUCAGGAUGACAAAUAAAAGCUAGGUGUGCUGCUAAUAUUGUGGAUUUGCUCGCAUUGGUCGAUUGGCUGGUGUUUUUUGUACAUAGCGAUUAGCAAGUUGGAUUGACUCGAGCAACGAUCAUGAAAGAUACACAAUGUCACAUAAUGGCAGUGGUGAUGAUAUUUCAGACUCUGCAAGUGAUGAAGAUGAUGAGUUCGGGGCCCUACUGUUAAUGGCUACAUGUGUUUUAGUUGACGUUGAAAGAAUUCCAUGUCGAACGUCUAUACUCACAGGUAACGGUUAUAUCGAUGAGUUAAUGACAGGUCAUCCAAUAAGAUGCUAUGAAAGUUUUAGGAUGAACCCACACGUAUUCCUACGUUUAUGUGAAAGGCUUAAGAAUUUGGAUGUUCUACACGAUUCUAGAUAUUUAAGGGCUGAAGAGCAAUUAGGAAUAGGUCUUUUAGUGUUAUGCCAAGGGGCGGGGCAACGUACAUGUGCAGAGCGUUUUCAGCAUUCUAUGCGAACUGUUCACUUAUGUGUGAAGCGUGUGGUGAGAGCACUUGCACGAUUGGGCAAAGAAGUUAUAAAGCCGGUUAAUAGGGGCCCUGUUCAACCGGAAAUUUUAGAAAAACCCAAAUGGUAUCCUUAUUUUGAGAAAUGUGUAGGUGCCAUUGAUGGUACUCAUGUAGCAGCCUCAGCGCCCGCUUCUAAACAAAAGACGUUUCACGGUAGACAUGCAACAGUCACGCAAAAUGUCAUGGCAGCUUGUAAUCAUGACAUGUUGUUUUCGUAUGUGUACACGGGUUGGGAGGGAAUAGGCAAUGACUCUCGAGUAUUUUUAGAUGCAAUUACAAGAAGAGAAAAUGGGCUGCCCAUGCCUCCUAUCGGUUAUUACUAUGUGGUUGAUGAUGGCUAUCCAAAUGUUCCGGGUUUUCUAGCCCCAUACCGUGGAGAGAGUUAUCACUUAAAAGAUUUUCGAGGCCGAGGACGAAUACGCAAUAAGCAAGCUUUAUUUAACUACCGACACUCAUCCGUGCGUAAUGUGAUCGAGAGGUGUUUCGGAGUACUAAAGGAAAGAUUUCCCAUUCUAGACAUAUCACGUGGUUACCCAUUGAGAAGACAAGUUCAAAUUCUCAUAGCUUGUUGCGCAUUGCAUAACUUCAUUCGCAUGCAAGAUAGGAACGAUGAUUUGUUCUUGGAGUACGAGGAAGAUGAUAUGAUACUUAACACGGAGGC